AUGAUACAAGAGACCCCUUGGUUUGCUGACAUAGCCAAUUUCAAGGCCAUUGGGGAACUACCAACCAACACCAACAAAUACAUGAGGAGAAAGCUCAUCAAAGAUGCCAAAUACUAUAUCUGGGAUGAGCCAUAUUUGUUCAAAAAGUGUGCUGAUGGGAUCUUGCAGAGGUGUAUAUCCCAUGGAGAAGGACAAGAGGUGCUUUGGAAAUGUCAUGGAUCUGCAUAUGGAGGCCAUUUUAGUGGAGAAAGAACAGUAGCCAAGGUGCUCCAAUGUGGAUUCUACUGGCCGAGCAUUUUCAAGGAUGCAAAGGACUUGGUGUCAAGGUGUGCUGAACGCCAAAGGGCUGGCAAUCUACCCAGGAAUAAUGAGAUGCCACAGAGAUUUAUAAUGGAGCUAGAACUAUUCGAUGUAUGGGGGAUUGACUUUAUGGGGCCUUUCCCAUCCUCUUACUCAAAUAGUUAUAUACUUGUGGCUGUAGAUUAUGUGUCAAAGUGGGUGGAGGCUAUUGCCAUCGCCACAAAUGACAACAAGGUCGUAAUGAGCUUCUUAAGAAAGAACAUUUUCAGCAGGUUUGGAGUUCCCAAGGCACUCAUUAGUGAUGGAGGAACACAUUUCUGCAAUAAAUAA